GAACGUCGAGUGUAACUAACUAGUUCCCUUUGCAUUAUUUUGCAAUACUGGAACGGGAAUAGAUUGGAUUGUGAUUGUGACGUCAUUUUGACGUGCGAGGUGGGAAUAGUCACUUCAAAACAAAAACAAACCAUUAGAGCCUAUGUCAACUCAUCAAAAGUUGUUAAUAAUUAAUUAAUUGUCAAUGAGGUUAAGAUUUUAGCAUUGACGAGACGUCGACGAAAUGGAAGUGAAAAUUAAUAAAGCUGCUUCACUUUGCAAUCAUGAGGUUCUUCAUUUACUGAAUGUUCUUAAAGAAGAACCACAGGAACAGAAUGCUCCAACAAACAGUCAUCUGGCCACUAUAUUUUAUGAGACGAGUCACUUCCUUCAAGACAGUGGCUACGCAGAACAGAACGGUACAAUGAUAACCAAUGCUCUGCUGGCUCUGAAACAGUUCCCAGUAGCAUUGACAAAGGAGGAGAAACUCAUGAUUGUGAACUAUCCACCAACCACAAACCUCCAACUCUCUCUGAUUGUCAGAGAUGUUGACGAUAGAUUAACAGAAGAGCAAAUGCAGGAAUUACUAAACCUCAUACAGAUUUAUCUUUUGUCUGAAAAUAAUAGGAAUAAAUAAUUAUACCAACAUCCAGAA